AAUAUUCGAGGUGGCAAGCAGAAGCCUCAUGAUUUGCGCCGCGACGUCCUUCUACGUACGCUGCUCUUACAAGCGCCCAUGUAUUGUAUGGGCGCUGCCCGAUGAGCGCGAAGUUGCAACCCUCGAACGCCAGGUUAUCGCCGCCAACGAAGAAGCCCGACUUGAAGCUGAGCGUAAACAAGCUGCUGCCCUCGAUCCUACGACGCCUGAAUACAGAGAGUUGACUGCGUUUAACGAGGAAAUCGAUAAAUAUAAUCGCGACUUCAAAAGUCGCCACCCUGGCCACAAGGGCAUGAAGGGUCUCAAGAAACGCCGGAGCCCUAAACAGUUCUUUAAGCAUGAGAUUUUUACAUACAACGUCGACGGCAAGGGCAUGGACGCUAUCUGGUUCGCCGAGCAAAUACUUAAGAAGCAGCUCUUCCCAUAUUACUGCUGAAAAUCCAUGCUGUAAAGUAUACUUAACGAUGGAUAACGUUGGCCUCCACUACAAAGCUCGCCGAUACGUCGCUGCGAUAAUUGACGAGCUCGAUAUCGCGUUCACAGACCACCCGCCGUGGUCUCUAGAUUUACACCCAAUUGAGCACUGUUUUGGCCGACUUGAGGGCUUUAUCGCGAACUACAACGUCACCUCUGCGAGCAAGGAAAGCAAGAAAGCCGCCGUCAAAUAUAUACAGGAAAUCUGGCAGAGCGACGCCGAUAUGGAGGCGUAUAUGGAGGAGCACCUCGCUCCUCGGCAGUGGAGAAAGC